ACUGCCCAUCGGGUCACUGCUCCGUGUCAACAAACCGCGUCGGUUUCAGCUGAAGCUCGGCCUCCUGCUCGUCGUGCCAAUAAAUAGACAUAGUGUCUCAUGGGAUGUUCGUGUCUCUCACGGCUCAGGAAAGUACUCCAAAGGUCCAAACACCCGGCUCGAUGGCCUUUUCACUAUUGAGACCGCCGGGAUUUUGGUGGAUACGAUUAUUGAAACCCACCAUCCAGGCGCGACUCCACCCAAUGGAGCUGACUAUCACCUGUCAUGUGAAUUGGUAUCAGCUAUCUGGACCAACAGUUUCGUCACAGCAAACGUGGGAAAACUUAUCGAAUGAAUGCCCAGGAAAAGCAAAGACGAGAAGGAAGAGGAAGCCAGGUACCCACCGGCGAAUGCGUUUGAUCGGGCUAAUUGAAUGGAGUCUCACCAUGACGCCAGCCAGCCUUGGUGCUGUCAGUGACAGGGUGCGGCAGGCUUCCCGUGUUCCGCCUCAUUUGUUCCAGACAAGGGUCGCGGUGGAGCAAAAUCACAUACGGGGCGAUGUUACGGACAAAUAGGAAUGCACCCGGGGGGGACCUCUCCUUGGAGCAUUGUGGCAGUCUGGAAAAUAUGGCGACAGCCAAUAGCGGUUUAAUUUAGGGCUUAAAGCAAGCUGCGCGACAGAGCAGGAUCAAGCAAUGUGAGUCCCGGAUCUAAAAGCGUUACUUGGAUGCAGACACGGCAUAUCCGCCCAGGGUCCCAAAUUUCGGAAUGAUGUGGAAGAUUUCCCUACCAGUUGGAGGCCAGCCUUCU